AUGUGCACGACGGAGAUGACGGAAUCGUAUACGAUGUCACCGUCAACGACCGUGUCUUCCAGCGGGACGACGGCCGCCUGUUUGGUUGGCUCGCCCGGCCACCGACGGACACCUUGCAGAGGUUCACCGUGUCGUGGGAGUGAUGUUCAGGAUGACGAGGACGUAAUUUCGGUUGGUUGUCCAAGUCCAUUACCGUUGGUAGUAGUUGCAUCAUCGACGGAAAGCGAGGAUAGAUUGAUAUCGUCAAGGGAGGAUUAUGUCGAACGAUUGAGUCCUAGGAGAGUAGGAUACAGUCGAACGGAUUCAACUAUGGACAGUGAAGACAAUUAUUCGUCAAGGAAUAGCGAUUAUAGAACGUCUAACGGAAGGAGUUCGAUAAGGACUCACGAGAGUAGUGGUGGUGAUUCUGUAACGACAUUGAGAGAGGAUGAGGAUUUAGAAGAGGACGAAGAGGAAUUGGAUAGUAGAACUAGUAGCAACGGUACUUCGGCUACAGCCGGUGCUACGGACGAUUACUUUAAACCAUUAAAACGAUUGCAAAUGGUUCAAAUGCAACACUCAGACGAGGAAGAGGAUAGAGAUCGGGACAGCAACGAACGCGGUGUUAAAUCUUUCAGUAUUCUCGAUAUUUUAUCUCACAGACCUAAAGCGAAAAUCGUUAGACCCUGGGACACGGUCGAUUCUACGAUCGGUCAUCGUCAACAUAUUCAUCAUCAUCAUCAUCAACAGCAACAACAACAACAACAACAACAACAACAACAACAGCAACAGCAACAACAACAACAGCAUCUUCAACAUCAUUUACAUCAUCAUCAUUUACACCAUCACAAUCAUUCGACUAAUUCUAGUAGCAGAGAUUUGUCUCUGAUGGGCAUGUCAUUGGCGUCUAUGUCAAGUACAAUAAGCGAACCGCCUCUCAGUAGUUCGUCCUCAUCCGGCAGAAGUUCCGUUUCCGAUUCAGGUAGUCCCGAUCCUCUCGCUCAUCAUCACCAUCACCAUCAUCACCAUCACCACGCGGCACGACACCACGCCGUUCAUCCCGGUCUACAUGUUGCUGCAUUACAACAACAGCAACAACAACAGCAACAGCAAUUCAAGAAAAAGAGUUCUCAGCAACACGGAAACUCGCAAACUGGGCAGAAUGGAAAGAGAAGUACUGGCCAGGGUAGUCCUUUGGAUGCUCUCUUCCAAAUGACGAGCAAAACUUUUGACGCUGGUGAACAUAGUCAAGAACAAGCGAAUCACUUGAACCUGUUCAACAAUCGUCAGCAACCGAAGAAAAAACGUAAAAGUCGGACAGCGUUUACGAAUCAACAAAUCUACGAGUUAGAAAAACGUUUUCUUUAUCAGAAAUAUUUGAGUCCAGCUGAUAGGGACGACAUAGCACUUAAAUUGGGUCUGAGUAAUGCCCAAGUGAUCACGUGGUUCCAAAACAGAAGGGCGAAGCUUAAGAGGGACAUGGAGGAGUUGAAAAAGGACGUGCAAACGGUGAAUCCUCUGUUGGUUGCUCAACAUCAUAAAACUUUUCUGGAGAACGUGCAAGAUCUUGGAAUAUUGAAGAAACGGCCGCUACCAAGUUCGAUGGAAGAAAAAUCGUAG